AUGGAAUCUCAAUUACAGCAGUUGCAAAAGGCUAAAGAUUUAGCUAUGGACAACAGUCCCGAACAAAUGUUACCAAAGGUUUUGGAAACUACUAAUUCAAUGCUAUUGAAUCAAUGGAAGACCAACAACAACGAUAAUAACAACAACUUAUCUAAUUUCUUUACAAAUCUAUUAUUGGAUACAAUGAACCACAACAAAAUUUCGAACCAUGAAAAACCUCUAAUUGCGUCACAAUAUCUAUCAACUUUAUAUUCAUGCUAUGAAUAUUCAAUUAAUGAUCUCCAUUAUCAGCAAUUGACAAUUCUAACUUUUACCAAAAUUUACCCAAUGUUAUUCGACUUGAUAGCGAAGACUUCAGAUGAAUCUAAAUGGUCUCUACUACAACAAUUCAGGAAAAAAAUCCUAAGUCAAUGGAAGCUGAUGACCAUUACUAAUUCACCGCUAGAUUUAAAUCUUGAUAAUAAACAAAUAGGUCUAAAGUUGUCUAUAAUCAAAUUUAUUUCUCAAAUUAUCAUCACACAUACUGUUGAUCUAACAAACUCGAGUAUAAACAUCUCAGUGGUUCCAGAGAAUCAGCCUUUGAUCAAUAGGAACAAAUUGGAGACAGAGGCCAGAAUAUUACUUGAUGUUAUCAUAAAUUAUCUUAUUGAAGAACCGAUGAUGGUCAGUUCAUUAUUUAUCGGUAUUAUCAACUGUCUUUCCUUUAUUAUGAAACAAAGAAACCAGACAACAAUGAAAAUCUUGAACGGAAUCUUGAAGUUUAAUAUUGAUGCAAAGUAUCAAAAUGACCAAAUGGAUACAUUGACUUACAAAUUGUGUAAAAGAUUUGUGGAACGUUGCUAUAGAAAUUUUGUUCAGUUUGGGAUCAAAAAUAAUUUAAUUAAAAAUCCGAAUAAUAGUUCCAAUCCAAACUGGAAUCAAAUCUAUCCUAAAUUAUCUAAGAUCUCACAAACUUUAUUUGUUAUAGGUGAAGAGACCAAAAAUAAAGGUAUUUUGAAUUUUGAUUCUGAAAGUGUGAGUAAAAGAAUCCCAGAUUCUGAAAGAGAAAAGAUAAUAAUGGUUAGAACUCAAAAGAGACAACAAAGUCAACAAAGUCAACAAACACAAAACAUGCUAGUUUUGAAUAACGACAAUAACAAUGGGUCUGGUACUAUAAACCCAAAUAACAGUAAUCCAAAUAACGUUGAUAACUUUUUAACGACUGAACAAAUGAAUGCAUUAACAAAAUUGCAAGAAUAUUCAAGAGGGAAAACACCUUCAGCGUCAUUUUUCAAUACAACCCCGAAAGCAUACGAUAAUACAUACAAUUCUUUAUUUGCAUUAAUGGACAAUAAUGGAUCCAAACAGGAUUUAUCAAAGGUUCCAUCCAAUGUCUUGAUCAAGUUAUCUACUGAAGCGCUAUAUAAGGCUGACACUAGAAAAAUAAUCGCUGCCUUAUCGAUUGCUGCAUCUAGAUACACCGAUUUGAUGAACCGGAACGACCCAUCGAUUGGUGACAAAAGACAACUUGAGGAUGAUAAUAGUGGUAAUAAUAAUAAUAGUAAUAGUAAUAGCAGCAGUGAAGCAAAAAGGAUUAAAACUGAUUUAAAGGAAGACAAAGGACUGAAUAAUAAUUCCACCUUGGUAAAACAAGAGACCAGUGAAGCAGUAUUAGAUGGAGAAGACGAAGGGAAAGAGGAUGAGGACCAAGAUGUGCAGAUGAUUGUUGAAAAGCCAUAUUUCUUUGAACCCAAACCGAUGGAUAACGACACCAAGAUGAAAAUCACCGAAAGGAUUGUCAAAAGAUUGUUUAGUAUAAAAACCAGCAAGAUAUCACCCCAUAUCAAUUCUAUCCCAAUGUCGAAAAACCCGUUAGAACAGAUAAAAUUACUCAAUUGGUCUAACGAUGAAUCAUGGUAUCAUAUUUUGAUAAGAUUGGCCACUAGAGGGACCAGAUCGAAUUUACAGAUGAGUAAUUUCAUCAGAGAAGAAUUGUUAAGAUAUGUUAUGAUGGAUAUUAAUGACAGUCAUCGUACGGCUAUUAUAAUUGAGUGGAUGAACGAGGAAUGGCAUGGAGAUCUGUUAUUUGAGUCACGAGAGGACACAGAAUCUCAAUAUAUGUGCUGGUCGUUGAGGUUAUUAGAUGAAUUGAUACCAUUUUUAGAGAAUAAGCAUCGUAAAUUAUUUAUCAGAUUGAUGAGUGAAUUGCCAAAAUUGAGAAGUGAGCAUUUAGCUAGAGUGAAACCUAUAUUGAUUGAUCCAAGCAGAAGUACACUAGGAUUUCAGACAUUAAAGUUCUUAAUCAUGUUUAGACUACCUGUGAAAGCCAUGAUCAAACCUCUCUUGGAGACCAUACUAAAGGAAGACCCUACAGUGGAACCACAAUGUAAACCAAUACUCGACAAGUUCUACAAAGAUUAA